AUGUCUUUCUCCAAUACGGAUUACUUCUCUUCUUUUCUCAUUCUUUAUUCUUCCAUCCAUUUCCUCCAAUAUAUUUAUUUUUCUCGCUUCAACUUUCUCAUCUUCCUUCUCCGCUUUUACCAAACUACAAUUCCCUCUUCUUUCACGAUUCCCAAUUUCUUUUAUUCUUUGUAUAUUUUCGCCUCAACUGUUCAUAUUCUCUUUCCUUUCGUCUAUUUCCCUCUUUCCCUCCAUCCAAUUUCAUUUCAUUCACUUGUCGAAAACGCGGGAAUUUUUGUGGCUUAUUACUCUUACAUUCAUCUCAUUUGUCUAGACAGUUUCAUUUCUCUUUGUUCUGGCUCGAAUGUAAUUUAUCUAUCUAUCUAUCUAUCUAUCUAUCUAUCUAUCUAUCUAUCUAUCUAUAUAUAUAUAUAUAUAUAUAUAUAUAUAUCAGAUAAUAUAAUCAGGAUUUAA